AUGGCCUUGCGAGCAUUCUCAAGCACCGCCAGACAGUUGAAGCAGCUCAACUGGACCCUCCACGGAACAACCAUCGACGUCAGCUGGUUGAUCCAGCAAAUCGAGCGCUCCAUCGAUGAAGUCCCCGGGUUGAGGGCUCGCGUUGUCAGCGCGCAGGUAAUCGGAAACCCUCACCCCACGCCCAACCGCGACGACCCAUACCAUGGAUCCGUGGUUCUUCUGGAUAAGGACGGUAAACGGGUUACAUCCGCGCAUGCCUAUCUCAACGGAUAUGUCAAGUUCUCCAAGGAGGCGACAUUCAAGCCUGUGAAGCUUCCCCCGAUGCCUGGCGCACCGGUCAUCCCGCCGGAGGGCCUCGCGACUGGGAAGUCUGGUUCGACGUCUGCGUAUAAUCAGUCGACCUCCAAGGAGGGCAAGAAAUAG